AUGGAACCACACGGUUAUGUCUUUGGGUCUGGGCUCCCUCUCGCCAUGCCUGCUGCUGAACGCUACCUGCUGUCGGUGCUUUUGAUUUCCUGCCUGGAUGGGGCGGUGAGAGCGGCGGAGGAGGGCGGCGGCCUGCCCUCCCCGCCCGGGGACAAUGGCAUCACCGCCGCGGUCAGACACCCGUCCGCCACCGGCCCGACAGCUCCGGGGCAGUUCCUCACUCCGUCUGCCCUGAUAGCAGAGCCCCAGUUUGCCCUCAAGGUCCUGGUGAGGGACCUGGUGACUCGCCAGCCAUUGUCUGGGGCUUCGGUGGAUGUUUAUGUGAACCACACCAUCACAAGCUCUGCCCGAACUGGGGAGAGGGGGGAGGUUCUGCUCUGGGUCCCCUACAGCCCAGACCUCAGUCUCACCCUCCUGGGCAACAUGGAAGGCUACGUGCCCUGCCCGCUGCCCUGGAGCACCACCAAGAGACCAAUUUUUUCUGCUGUGACCUUGCUGCUGCUCCCUCACAACCAGGGCAACAUCUGGCUGUUUGAAGACUCAGUGCUCAUCACUGGGAAGUUACCUGAUAACUCCUUCCAGCCAAGCAUUAAAUUCCCAAAGAACCUCCUCACAUUUGAUGACAAGACUAACAUCUCCACGGUGACAGCUUACUUGACUGUGCCACAGCACCACCUGGCUAGAGACUGUGUCAACUGCACUCCAGGCAUCAUCAGCAACAAAUCAGUGUACAGAAGCAUCGAUCUGAAGCCGGUGGCAGCCAUCUGUGCCCUGCUCUACUCUGGCAGUGAGGAGCUCCAGGUUCGAGGGCCCAUCCAAAUCAGCUUGCCCCUGAGACAUACCACCAACCUCAGGCCGUCCGAUACUGUGUCUGCCUGGGCUUACAACAACAAGACUGGUGCCUGGGAGAAUCAGGGUCUUGGAAUAGUGAAAAUGGUCGGCGACAGCCUGGUCUGGACUUACACAGCUUCUCACUUGGGCUACUGGCUUGCUGCUCCCCUGCCUUCAUCAAACGAUUACAUGGCACAUGUAAACUCACUGGAUUUCCUGUCGUACCAUACCUACCUGCUAAUGGGAAUACUCGGAGGAACGCUGGCUAUAGUGAUUGGAUUUCUGUCUGUGCUGCUGUGUCACUGCGGAGGUUCUCAUCGAGAGCCCAGGAGGAGAAGAGCACGCUUUUCUAAACUGGCGGUACUGAAAAAGGACCAGACGACCUCCACCCACAUGGAAGAGGGUUUGUUGUUCCACUCUGGUGACCACAGCCUGGCUUCACGAAGUGUCCAGUGCGAGCCGUCUUCCACGCCGAGGCACAAAGCCAACUACAACAUCUACGUGGAGGACCCAGGGAGUCGCCCCGUGGCUCCUCUGUAUGAGAACAUAGCUCAAGAUCGGAUCAAAGGUUCCCAGCAACCGCCUCACUACAUCAACAGUGAAGAGGUGGCUCGGCUUCGGGAGAAGUCAGAACAGAACCGAACCAACAUGAACUCUGACACCUUCUUCCAAGACAAGCUGGUUCAUAUCUACAAUCAGCCAGUAGCCAUCAUUCAAGCCCCAGAGCUUUUCAGUGCUCAGGAGCAGCAGCUAUCAGGCUGCAAGUCAGCUACGUUCCCACGAAACGGAGGAGAGUAUGAUGCCCACUCAGAGCCAGCUAGUAAAGACAGCUACACCCAGACUCUUCCCAAAGUCCCUCACCACCAUUCUCAAGAUGGAAGCAGCCCACCGCAGAGCAGCCAAGACGAGCCCCAGCCUCUGGAGACUCCUCCCCAAGGCCAAGGCCCCAAUGCUGGUGUGUGGGGACGCUACAGUAACCUCUUGGAAUCCUCUGUCUCUGUGCCUGGGACUCUAAAUGAGGCAGCUGGUAUGGAGGCGUUCAGCACUGGGCAUGGUGUGCCUAGCGAGCUUCAGGGGAUCUCAGAGCGCACCUUGCUUGAGCUUACUCGAGGCAAGUCCUCCUCGUCCCACCCCAGGGCCUGGUUCGUCUCCCUAGAUGGGAAGCCAGCUGCACAGGUACGCCACUCGAUCAUUGAGCUCCAGAGCCGCCACCGUCCACCUAGCAGCAACGACACCAGCCUGGACUCUGGGGUGGACAUGAAUGAGCCUCCAAACAUCCGUGAGGCAGAGCGUGACAGGCCAUCGAUCAGGGCCUCAUCCCUCCCACACCACAGCCGAGGAGGGCGAUAUGGUGAAGAACAGGACCUAAGCAGUAGUGAGAGUGGUACCACGGCCACGUGUACACCAGAAGACCCUUCCCUGAGGAACAUUCUAGACGGGAGUAGUGGGGCCAUCCCCAAUAUUCCCGAAGAGCGAGAUGGUAUGGAUACGUCCAGUGCUCAGGAGGACAGCGAAUCGAGAGGUACACCACCUCCACGUCGCCUGAGGAAGGUGAGGGAGAAGGGGAGGACAGAGAAGAGGAGUGCCAAGCACGUCCGUGAGGGAAGACCUUUGACCAAGCGAAGUUAGAGCAUGGCUCAUCGCACUGAUACAAGUAUUCUUUUUCCAUCAGCGCUUAAUUUAGAUGUCCCAUAGCCCAUUUAACCCGUAUUGAGGUAUUUUCAUCACAUGGUGAUGUCAGUGGUGAGUGAGUGAUCUGGGAGCUGACGCAAUUUAAUUUUUUACUCGCGCUCACAUAGGCAUUGUUGUUGUUGGGUUAUGUGAUUGUACAACCUUGCCAAAGAAUGCAUAAGCUAGCUCAAGUACAAAAGCAAGAUCUAUGUCACGUUCAAACAUUAUGUAGCUACUGUAGAUGUGUUUGUACACCACCUUCAUUCUCCCUAAACUGAAGAUCACCAGCGCGAUUCUUCACAUCCAAGUGUCCGUGUGAACACGAUAUCCCAUAGCCCCUGGUAAUGGCAUUAUAGAGGGUGCCUUGUUUCUGCCUGCAAUCAUUAAAUAUGAUAUAAGGCACUGUAUUAGUCUCUAUUUAGCUAAAUCUGGUGAGCUUGCAGGAUGAACACGGAUACAGGUCUAUGUGUUGUGCACUUAUCCUCACCAUAAUUGCCUCCUGUAAAAAAAUAAAUACAAAAAAAAUAAAUAAAAAUACAAAAAAAAUACAUAGGAGCCUUCCCUGCUCACAGAGUUACAUCUGGUUUUGGCCAUACUGCCUCUCUCUACUUGACAAGAGAAUCUCGGGUCCAUGAAAUUUUCUGGUUUUACAGUUGUUGGGAUCAACUCGCUGUCAGUUAAAGAAAUGGCAUACUAAAAUUAACAAGCAGAAAUAACUCAUGCCAUAACAUGUUCAUCAUAUACAAUCUUUUGACAACUGAUUGUGAUUUAAAGCUCUCAUCAUUAUGGAAUUUUCUUCAGCUUUCUGACUGUGACUGACUCCAACCCUGGACCUUGAUGGAUUUUCAGAAAAAAAAAAAAAAAAGACACUGAUGUACAUUCUUAAGCUCAGCUGCCAUUUUGAAGUUAUCACAUCUGAUAUUCAAGUCAUAGAGCCUAGAGUUAUUUUAGAAUGCAUGAAAAUGAAUGUUUCAUUGUGUGCGUAUGAAAAUGUUUUUGGCAUUUUUACUGAAGAGGUGAGGUGAGGCAGACAACACAGUACGUCUUUGUAGCUGUUAGAUAGCUUGGUGUUUGAAUGAUUCAUUUUCACUAUUGUCUAUUCUUCAAAGGAGACUCAGCGUUGUGAUGACAUCAAUGUACAGUAACUAACUUGCUUCAAAACAAUAGUAAUAACACCUCGAAAGGGCAUUCUUUAACAUGAUUAUGGGUAUGACUGUGACAUAGUGAUGUUGCACUUAGUAUCCAUAAUCCUCAUGAAGGACAUUUCUAAGGGUAUUAUGGCUUUCAUACAAUGGCUAAUGCAUGUGUACUUUCUGAAAGGUUUUUUCAAAGUGAUAUAGAGUAAAUACAGAAGAAUAAAAACAUAAUUGUUUGCUAACUACCUCUCUGGUUACCACAAGAGUUGGCACAGCAACAAAUAAAGCAUAGCCCAUUUUUUUUUUUUUAAAUGGUCAGUGUGGUUGGAAAUGUCUCUGACCAAUCAGAUUGCCUGACUGAAAGGACACACUGUAAAAUUUGUUUAUGUUACUGCCGGACUGUAGGGUUAGGUUAGUAAUUUCUUAUUAGUUGGAAAGGUAUUUGAUUGAUUUAACAUAACUGCAUGACUCUGAUGUAUUAAUUUUCUGCACUAGUCUUAAACUUCACUCUCCAAGGACGCCAACCAUCCCUCUGCCUCGGCAGUGCUUAGGCCCUAAGUCAUGCAAUAUUUUUUUUACAGCAGGACACCUUGUCAUAUUAUCUGCUACAAAUAUUAAAUUUCUUGACAAAGUUAUGAAGUAGCCUAUUAUGACGACAGAACAGAGAUAUUUUCAUUGUACAAUUUGAAAUUUUUCAAAAGAGAUGGAUAUUUAAAGAUAUAGUUUAUUUUAGAAGAGCAUCUCUUUUCAGCAUGCUCACCACCUGUAUUUCCCAACCUUUUAACAUUAUUUAAGGCACACAGACAGAUUACCUCUUGAUCACUGUGAUCACAGAAUUAAGAGUAAUUGCUUGGAUAUACUUUUCAUUGUUUUGAGAUAUGUAUGAGGAAAAAGAAGAGGACGAUUAUUAUUAAACAGGUUUUUCAAAUCAAAGCUAAGGAUAGUAGUGCUGAGUAUGUGUGGUCAGCAGAGUGGUCCAUCUGGGAUUUAAAACAAUUUCAAACUGUUACUACUGACACUGACAAUUAUUCUACCCAAGUGAAAUAUUGAUUUAACAAUGAACUCACAUCUCUGAGUCUGCCUUUCCAUAAAUCUUUCUUCUACUGAUCAAUGUGACGGCUGUUGUCCUCAGUUCACUGAAGCACACAACACUUUAAAUGUGCCUGUUUAUUACAUUGGCACACAGAAAAGCUGUAUAAAUUUCCAAUAUGUAGAUACUACAACAAUGACAAAGGUACAGUAUGAAAUACUCAAAACUAAAAAAGCAUCGAUGCAAAUGAUGUUAAGUUCAUGGAGUAUGGCAAAACACACUUUACCAGUGAGUCCAUCCAGAAAAUGUUUUCUCUAGCAAUAUUUACCCUACAUUAAAAUUUGAAAUACAAACAGUUUCGCCAUAUUUAGUCUUCCGUCAUGGUACUGUUUUAUUAAAUUUUCACUCAUUAUUUCACAUGUAUCUUUGUAUGUAUGAGGCUUAAUAUGAAAGCUACAUACAUAAAUGUCUUUUUUUAAUGUACAUAGUCCAACAGCAUUUUAUGUAGACUGUGAUGUGGUUUAUUUUGUGCUUACCCUGUACUCCUUUUCCAUCUAAAAGGAAGGGCUUGAGAGGCAUGUCAGUGUGCUAGAGUGUGUUGGAUGACAAAGCUUUUUGCCAUUGUCACUCAACCACAAAGCGCAUUUUAUUGAUAUGAAUUAUUUUAAUGCUGGCCUGAAGAGGGAGUGUAAAAAAAAAGCCUGAACAUUCAAGAGCUUUGUAAUUCUAAAUGUAGCAACAAUUUGAGCACUUAGUCAUUCAGUAUGCUUACAAAGUAUUUAAAACUUCCCUUUGCUAGUGAUCAGCUUAAAAAUUUAUUCAAGCUACAACAGCACUGUAAGGAGUGGUACGUCAAGUUUGUGAUGAUAAUUCCUGAAGAACAAAAACAAGCCAACCAUUGCUCCUAUUUUAAAGUGGUUUCGCUGAAUGUAUUUGUACUGAUUUCAAUGUGUUUUAUAGUGUACUCCUAUUGUGUCUAGCCAUUGAACCUUAUGGGCUUUCUUUCCUUCAAAAAUGGCAACUUUUGUGUUUACCUCUGUAAUGAUGGUAGUGUUUUUAGUCUUGCCUUUUUGUGCACUAAUUAAUAAAACUCAC